AGAGUUGUCACUCCUGAAAAGGGGAAAACCCAAAAAAAAAACUACUAAAAAUAAAUAAUCUCAGCCACUAAAUAAUCUUAGCCACCGUUGGGGGUACUUUCGUAAAGUUCAACCAGAGCUUCGUUCCCGCGGCGUACGCAAGACGGUAACUGAGAAAAUCAAGUGAUCUCCGGUGAUGAAACUGAAUCGCGGCGGUGGAGAGCUCGGCCACCACCACGAGGCCCUGAAGUUUUCAAGCUUAACCUUCACGCUGGAGCGGCCACGUGACUACCUCGUGCUCUUCACUCGCUUCUCCAUCCUCACGUGCCUCAUCGUCUCCGUCUCUCUCGUUCUUCGCGCCACUUUCUCAUCCUCCUCCGCACCCUACUCCUACGGUCUCCGUUUCCCCGCCGUAUCUCAGAAAGCACUAGCUACACCGCCGACGAUAUCCACCGGUCCGAUCAAUAUCUCUCACAUCCAGUUCUGCAUCGCCGGAGCAGCUGAGACCUGGCUCGAUAGGAGCCGGUACACCUCUUUGUGGUGGAGCAACUCCACACGUGGAUUCGUCUGGCUCGAUAAACCGGUUAUGAUCAAUAAAAAUCAUUCAGAUAACCGGUUCUCGAUUCCGGCUCGAGUUUCCGAUAAAAGCUGGACUCGGUUCAGAUUCUCCAGCUCACGAGCGGCGGUUCGGAUCGCUCGCGUGGUCUUGGAUAGUUACAGGCUGAAUCUCCCCGACGUGCGGUGGUUCGUGAUGGGAGACGACGACACCGUCUUCUUCGCGGAGAACCUCGUCGAGGCUCUCUCGAAGUACGACCACGAGGAGAUGUGGUACGUCGGCGGAAACUCGGAGAGCGUGGAGCAGGACGUGAUGCACGACUACGACAUGGCGUUCGGCGGCGGCGGGUUCGCGAUCAGCCGCCCGCUCGCGGCGCGUUUGGCCGCCGCGAUGGACGGGUGUCUGCAGCGGUAUUUCUACUUCUACGGCUCGGAUCAGAGGAUCGCGGCUUGCGUUAGCGAGAUUGGCGUUGCGUUCACCGAAGAACGCGGGUUUCACCAGCUUGACAUAAGAGGAGAUCCAUACGGGUUUCUAUCGGCGCAUCCCCUCGCACCGCUUGUAUCACUGCAUCACCUCGAAUACUUAGACCCAUUAUUCCCUAACAAAACCCCCAUCGAGUCGUUACAAACCCUUGUGAAACCUUACACCUUAGACCCGCAUAGAAUACUCCAACAGAUUAACUGCCAUGACCACAAGCGUCAAUGGUCCAUAUCCAUCUCGUGGGGAUACUCCAUUCAGAUAUACACAUACUUUUUAACCACUAAAGACCUGGAAACGCCGUUGCAGACUUUCAAAACCUGGCGGUCUUUUAGAGAUGGGCCUUUCACGUUUAACACCCGGCCCUUGAAGCCUGACCCUUGUGAGCGUCCCGUCACUUAUUUCAUGGACGGAGCAGAGGAUGUGAGGGGUAGUGGGACGAAAACUUGGUAUAGCGUAGGGGAUAAGAACUAUGGUCAUUGUGAAAAGAGUGAGCAUACUCGGGUUAACAAAGUGAAGAGGAUAUUGGUGACUUCAAUGAAGAUGGAUCCUGAGUAUUGGAAAAAGGCACCAAGGAGACAGUGCUGCGAGUUGUUGGAAGGAGGAAAUGAGAAAGAAAUGUCAAUAAGGAUUAGGAAGUGUUCAUCUUUGGAGAUGAUAUAAGAGAAACUCGAAAACCAGAUAAUAUUCUAAACAAUUUUAGUACGAACCAGAUUCCGGUUAUGGUUUGGUUACAAACUAAACCAAGAAAACCGAAUCAGAACCAACGAAUAGUUAAGCAAUUUUAGGCUCACUGAGAGAGGAGAGUAUAGAAGACUCGACUUCUUACUUUUUUUUUUUCACAACUUAUAUUAUAAAAGCUCAGAGAGCAACAAAGUUUACAAUCAAA